UCAUUUCAACCUCUCUACUGCCUUCCAUGGCUGCUACUUUUCUUCUUCACCACAUCUAUCUCCACUUCAGCGUCAAGAUUAAGAAUGCCAAGGCUUACGGUGCAUAAUAGUGCAAUAGACCGACCAAGCAGAAGUCGCCCUUUGGAUUCAGAGGGAUAUCAAAGUUUAUUUUAUGGCCAAACCCUUGAUCACUUCAAUUAUCAGCCACAAAGUUAUCUCACUUUCAAACAAAGAUACGUACUGAAUUCUAAGUAUUGGAAAGGUGCUGAAGCUUCUGCACCAAUUUUUGCAUUCCUUGGAGAGGAAGCUUCAUUGGAUUCUGAUUUAGAUGCUAUUGGUUUCCUCAAUGAGAAUGCAGCUCAAUUUGGUGCUUUAAUUGUGUUCAUGGAGCAUAGGUUCUAUGGAGAAUCAGUCCCAUUUGUAUCAAGAGAAGAAGCAUUGAAAAAUGCAACUCUCCGUGGCUACUUCAACUCUGCUCAAGCUUUGGCUGAUUAUGCAGAAAUACUUUUGUACGUCAAGAAAGAUUUUUCAGCAUACAAUUCUCCAAUCAUCGUCUUUGGAGGAUCCUACGGUGGAAUGCUUGCUGCAUGGUUUCGCCUCAAAUACCCUCACAUUGCCUUGGGGGCACUGGCCUCUUCAGCCCCACUUCUUUACGUGGAUGGCUUAACACCACAUUCUGCAUUUUUUUAUGUCGUUACAAACGACUUCAGGGAAGCAAGUGAGAGUUGCUACACUACCAUAAAAAAUUCUUGGGCUGAAAUUGAAAGAAUCUCCAACUUGGAAAAUGGUCUUUCCAUCCUUUCAAAUAAAUUCAGAACUUGCGAACCUUUGAAGGAUGCUAAGAGUUUGAAAUUAAGUCUGGAAUUGAUGUAUCUUGCAACAGCUCAAUAUGAUAGACCUCCAACAUAUGGUGUUAAUGUUAUUUGCAAUGCUAUAGACAGUGCACCACCAGCUUCUGAUAUACUCGACAGGAUUUUUUCGGGAGUUGUUGCUCACUAUGGAGAUGCUUCUUGCUAUAAUUUGGGUGGUUAUUUGGGUGGUUCUUCGUCUCCGGAUGAAACUCAACAAGGCUGGGCUUGGCAGGUGUGUAGUGACAUUGUGGUAGAACUGGGAGUAGAUACCAAUGAUACCAUGUUUGUACUGAAUCCCUAUGAUGCAAACGCUAAUAAUGAGCACUGCAUGGAGACAUAUGGAGUUGUCCCUAGACGUAACUGGAUCACAACUUAUCAUGGAGGUCAAAAUAUACGAGAAGUUCUCAAGAAGUUUGGUAGCAACAUCAUCUUUUCCAACGGACUUCGAGAUCCUUGGAGCAGUGGCGGGAUUUUGGAAGAUAUAUCAGACACCAUUGUGGCAGUGAAAACAAAUGAAGGGUCUCAUUGCUUGGAUGUAGCACCAUCAAGAGAGGAUGAUCCAGAUUGGCUGGUCAUGCAAAGAAGAACAGAAGUUGAAAUCAUUAGCAAAUGGAUCACUGAUUACUAUGAAGCUAAGUUUAAACAAUGAUCAUUUCAUUACUUUAAAUAUUAGAUAGUCUUUGAACU